AUGAUGCGCCGGCUACCCCAGCGAGGGCUCUUCAACGCCGCCAAGGCCCGGGCCAAGCUUGCUCAAGCUCAUAAACCUGACGACGAUGCCUUCCACCACGAGUACUCGAUCAGACCCGACACUUAUGCGUUCAAAGUCGACGCCACCAAUGAGCGGACGCGACUGCUAGCCAAACGCCAGCUGGCGCCAGAAACUUCUGAGGGUGUUGGAUUCAAACCCCACCCGUUGCAAGGGGUCAGUGACAGCGAUAAGUUUAACCUUAUUGAGUUUAUUUACCGGUACCUGACCAACUACCCGUUCGGCAACCGGCUGCCUCAGGAAGAGUAUAUGCGGUACCCUACGACAACGCUGGAUAAACUCAAACGGUUCCGCACCCGGCCAAAGUCUACCAAGAUGCUUGUAUCAGAUUUCAUUGAAGAUUCGCUUUAUAACCCUCACUACGGUUACUUCUCUCGCGAGGUGGAAAUUUUCCAUACCGAAAAGCCGUUUGAUUAUAACAAUAUUGAGGAUAUCGAUGAGUUCAUGGCUCAGUGGGAAGGCGCUUAUGCUAAGUAUGACCAGCAGGGACCGCCGCCUCAGUGGACGGAGACAUUUGAUGCUAAGUCUCAAUCUACUCAGAAACCCGGCGAUAAACUGUCGUCAAAAUUUGUCCAGCGAGCGCUUCAAAUCCAAAAGCAAGAUGAAGCUGCCGCUCAAAAGAGACAAUCACGUCGACUGCUUCAGUUAUGGCACACGCCUACGGAGCUCUUUUCGCCGUAUUACGGGGAAGCCCUCGCUCGCUACUUAUUAUGGCACUACCAAACUAAUGGUCUCUAUCCUUACCACGACUUAGUGAUCUACGAAAUGGGGGCAGGUAACGGGACGUUGAUGUGUAAUGUCCUUAAUUACAUCAAGCAAAACGCCCCGGAAAUCUACGCUCGGACUCAAUACCGCAUUAUCGAAAUCUCUCUGCAGUUAGCCGAGAAACAGAUGGCCCAUGCCCUCAAAGCCAAAUUGUUCCAACAAGGGUUAGACCUGCUGAAACUUCAAAUUGAAAACGUGUCGAUUUUCGACUGGAAAACGGUAGUGGAGCACCCGGUAUAUUUCGUGGCCCUCGAAGUGUUUGACAAUUUUGCCCACGAUUUGAUUCGCUACGAUAUCACUACGGGGGAACCUUACGAAGGGCAAGUGCUCAUCGACGGCCACGGCGAUUUCUACGAGUUCUUCACUCCGCAAUUACUGCACUGGUCGCAAGCGUUUUUGGGGCUCCGGGAGCUGAGUGACGUCGGAGUGUUGAAGCAAGUGGACACUUUAAAGGGUAAAUUGGCGGCGGCAAAGCUGAUGGUGCCGUUUAUGGAUAAGCAACACAUCCACCCGCUCUUGCAACUGCCCACCAUGUUAGGUUUGAAGAACCUGAUGUUCCCGUUCAAGGAUGAUAUGACUCCCGGGGAGUUUAUCCCCACGCGGUUGCUUCAAUUCUUCCAGAUCUUAAAGCACAAGUUCCCCCAGCACCACUUGUUGUGUCUGGACUUCAACCAGUUGCCGAACACGGUCCCGGGCUACUACAACGGCCCCGUGGUGCAGACGGUGCUCCAGGACAAGAUGAUCGACGUCAGCACCUAUAUGGUGAUGCAGGGGUAUUUUGACAUCAUGUUCGGCACCGACUUCACCCUUGCGCAGAGGCUUUACCAGCAAGUGUGUGGCAAGCCCGCCAAAGUGGAGACCCACCGGGAAUUUUUGAGUCAGUGGGCCAAUCUUGACAGCACCACGACCAAGACUGGCGACAACCCCAUGCUCGACUUCUACACCAAUGUCCUGUUCAUGAGCUCAUAG